CAAAAGUUUUAUCUCUUAGAAUAUCAGGAUGAAGGUGGUUUUCACUCUUCUGCUGCUGCACAGUGUGUUGCUCCAUUAUGGACAAACUGAGGAGCCAGAUUUAAUGGCAAAAGAAAAUAGCAAUCAGCCCAACAUCUGGACCGAGGUGAGGAAUAUAAGAGACAUGAUGGUGGAGCUCAGAGUCAAGUUGGAUAUCAUGAUGAAAGAGAAUGCAAAAUUGGCAGAACACAUACUGGAGCUAAAGAAAGAGAAUGCAGGAAUAAAUGACCAACUGAAGGCCUAUGAAACCCAGCUAGAAGAGUUUAAGAGAGAUAAUGCAGAAAAACCAAAGGUGGCAUUUUCAGCUGACUUAGGUAUCCGUGGCGAUGUAGGUCCCCAUAAUACUGAAAUCACACUGAAAUUCAAUAACAUCUUCACAAAUAUUGGCAACAACUACAAUCCAACAACAGGUAUCUUCACAGCAUCGAUUAAAGGAGUCUACUACUUCAGAUUCACUGUGUGUGGCGUACAAAGUGCAAAGUCAAUGGGUGGAUUCUUGUAUAAAAAUGACAUGAAAAUUGUAUCAGUAGGACAGUGGCGUAAUCACGAUCAGCACAGAUAUGCAUCCAAUGCAGCUGUCCUGCAAUUGGAAGUGGGUGAUGUGGUUUCAAUGAAGCUCCUCCCAGGUUACACCAUCUAUGACAGCCCAGAUAACCUCAGCUCCUUCAGUGGAUUCCUGAUUCACCCUUUAUAGUCACAUACCAUUGUACAUUUACAUUACAAAACUGAAACUGCAACAAAAUAUAAACAAUGCAAAAGGAAAGCAAAAAGUAAAAUAUUACCAAAAUAAAAAGUAUAAAGCAUGAAAAAUAUUUUUUAUUUAACAUUCAAUGUUCAACAAAGGUUACACCAAGGUUUCUUACCUUGUUGUAGUUCAUUAACCCUUUAAGCUCGGAUAAGAAAAAUUAGUGAUCAAAAUAUUAAUAACAGUUUUGACCAACACAAAAUAGGUAAAGUAUUAGAGCUUAGAAUCUGUACUUUACAAUAUAUGCAGGCAUUAUGAAAUUUGCAGACAAAUCAGAAGUGUUCCGUUUUGAUAAUUUAUUAAACAUUUUGUAAUGUUAUUGUAAUUGGUAAAAACAUCAAACUGAUCAGAUAGCUAUGUGUCAUAUGUCAUUGGAAAGCUCUCAAAAAGUAGAAUACAACCAGCUAAAUUGUUUUACUCACAGACAAAAAAUAUAGCGUGUAAUAGAUAAAUACCUGUCUUUGACAGACAUGUUAUAUGUAAACAGGUGUUGCUUAUAAGCUGCAUUUUCACUUAUAACUUCAUGAAAAAUAAACAGAACAUAAGAUACCAUUACUUAGAGAAAGGGAUUCUCAUUAAAACGUGCCUGCAUACAAUGCAAUCAUAUACAUAGAUCAUUAGAUAAUCCACACGAAGAACAAUGUGCACACAGCACAUAAUGGGCUAUCUGGCUAAAAACAUGUUAGCUUUCCUGGAUUAGAUGACUUCAUUGGAAUUUAUGUAGUACAUGGUCCAGUGUCAUGGAACGCUAGGAUUAGGAUUCAGAUCGCUGCAACCAGAGCUGGAAGUCACCCAAAUAUGGGCAGAGAGGAUUGUUUACUAAAAUUACAUAUGGCCACCAGAAGAUUCAGGAGAACUGAAUGAGAUCUCAUUAUUCAUGCUUUAUUGUAUUAACACAACAUUUUCCUCAGUUACAUGUGACAUGACUGGGAACAAAGCAAAAGCAGUUUCUUUUCUGAGCUACCUUAUUUGCACCCUGAGAUAUAUAUGGUCAAAUCAGAAAAAAUAAGAAAAAAGGUACAUUUUUGGCUGGUUUUGGGUUUUUUUUUUUUUUUUUUUUUUUUUUUAGCAGUUUCUUAGGCUGAAAGUCUCAUAAUUUAUCAUAAUCUAUAUCAUUAAAAAAUGCAAAAACAAUGUCUUUAAAAUGAUACCAAACAACACUGUUUUUUAUUUUUUAUUUUUAUUAUUUUUUUUUUUUUACAGUUAUAAGCCUUUAAAUUUGGGCAUGCCACUGAAACAGGAAAUCUUAAAAAAAAAUAAAUAAAUAAAAAUAAAAAUAUUCAUAGCUUAAAGGGUUAAAUAAAAGUUGCCUUUCAAGGUUUAGGUUACAGUGAAUGUUUAAGUACAAAAAACAGCCCUGGUAAAUUUUUUUGUUUUGUUUUGUUUUGCAUGGGCAUUUCGGAAAACAUUAUUACAUAAUGUAUUAUUCAAUAAAUAUUAAGUAUUAAAUUA